AUGCGGCCGAGGGGACCGAGCUUACUGGCAUAUAACACCGCCAUCUUUGCAUGUCAGUCUCAGAAGAACUGGGAACUCGUGGUUAAGAUUCUCCUCGAGAUGCGACACAAGCGCUGUCAGCCCGAUGCGAAGACCUGCAGCAGAGCCAUCCUUGCUUGUGGGCAGCUCUGGCAGCAAGCUCUUGCAUUCAAUGCAUAUUUGCAGCUGGCCGGGGUUAAGCCGAACAGCAUUACAACAUCUGCCCUCAUCAGCUCCUGUGCGCGGGCCAGUCGCUGGCAGUUAUCCCUUGCUUUCGUUGAAUUCGACGGGGCAUCGAGCACGGUUGUCUUCAAUGCGGCCAUGACUGCCUGCGUAAAGGGCUCCAAGUGGCCUGCGGCACUUCUGCUGCUGCGCAGGAUUUCUGCACUUCAUCUUCUACCUGACUUGUUCAGCUUUAACGUGGCCAUCCAUGGAUGUGAAGUUGGAGGUGGUGCCUGGGUCACUGCUUUGCAGCUCUUAGAAGAGAUGUCUUGCAUGAUGCUUCAGCCGGACCUUGUCAGCAUCAAUUCCUGCAUCAGCACUUGCGCGGAGGGCCUGCGCUGGGCAGCUGCAGUGCAGCUCUUAGGCCAGAUGGCAGACAGACAGGUACAGCCAGAUCUGGUGAGCUACAACGCGGCGAUGUCUGCCGUUGGACGGGGACAACUCUGGCGCGCUGCUCUUCAACUUCUGCAGGCGCUACCUUGCAAGCCGAACAUGAUCUCCUUCAACACAGCAAUGGCAGCAUGCGAGCGAGCAGGACACUGGAAGCACGUUAUUGCGCUUCUGGAAAAGCUGCGAGACAACAAGAUGACGCCCGACAUGCGCACUUGGACUUCGUUGGUCGCAAGCUUCUCUCGUGCGAGCGACUGGGUGAAGGCGCAGAGCAUCUUAACAGAGAUCCGUCUUCAAGACCUGGACCCGGAUUUGGUGAUAUUUGGCGCCACGGCAACUGCUUUCCAACGUGGACACCAGUGGGCGCUCGCUUUGAGUCUUUUGCCUGAGACGCACAACCUGCAAGUUGUACCUGAUGAGCGGCUCUGCGGUUCAGUUGUCACAGCUUGUGCAGCAUCGCAAGCUUGGCAGGCUGCAUUGUCGUGCCUUGUGGAGUUCCCGAGGAGGAACCUGCAGCCCACCUCCACGAGCAGCUCGCCAGUCUUGACUGCUCUCCUGGAUGUGCAGCAAUGGCUGAUGGCUUUACAUCUAUUCGAACAUUUGCAACAUGUAGUCGCCAUGGACUCUCAAGCUUACGGCCGGCUCCUGCUUGUGUGCGAGCAACAUCAAUUCACGGAGUGGCAGCAUCGGCUGCUACAGAGUUUGGCUUCUCCUCGCGGUCCUGCUCGCCAUACUCCAGGCAGACUGAGUCUCGCAGCGGCAGUCGCAGCACAAUCCGCCGGUCUGGGCAUGGUUCCCGCGGUUUCGCGAGAGUCGGCGCCAGAUCCCGCGAGCAUCCCGCGUGCUCACUCGUGGACACCUUAUGUCAAGGAGAUUCGCCUGAUGGAGCACAUUUUGCGUAAUGCUGAGCGUGGCAAUCCCCAUUCGGUGUGCGACGAAGUGGAAAGCUUUGGUCGCCACGUUUCAGGCAGCUCCAAGACGUGGCUGAAGGUUGCUGGAGGAGAGAAGUCUGAGGUUCUUUGGGCGGCCGCUCAGCACGCACGGAGUUCUCUGGUGCUGGAAAUCGGCACGUAUUGUGGCAACUCCUCCAUUCGUAUCGCGACGGCAAGUCCCAACAUCCGAGUAGUGACGUUGGAGGCAGAUCCCGUCCACGCAGUGAUAGCUCGAGCUGUGAUCGCCUUUGCGGGGCUGUCAUCUCGGGUGGACGUCUGGACAGGGCAUAGCCGCGAAGUGCUUCCCUACAUGCAAGGCAAGUACGGCGGAGCUCGUGGUGGCUUCGGCUUGGUUUUCAUGGAUCAGCGGGGCUCUCGCUACCAGGAGGACCUCACCAUGUUGGAGAGCCUGGGUCUCGUCCGGCCUGGAGCGAUCAUUGUUGCAGACAAUGUUCUGAAGCCGGGUGCUCCAUUGUUCCUGUGGCAGCUCUGCAAAUCGGGGAAGUACCAGACACAGGUGGUCCGUGUCUCGGAGUUUGCAAUGCCUGUCGAGGACUGGAUGUUGGUUUGUCGAGUCGGCAAGCAGUCCAUGUGCGCGUGUGAGAGCCUGGCCUGCCCACCAGCCGCGCUGGUGGAUUUGGACCAGGCUGCCGACCUGAUGCGGCGGAAGGCACAGACGCUUGGAGGUGUGAGUUUCUCGGACUGGGCGGAGUUCACUACUGAGAUGCGCGAGGGCCUCCGUCAGUGGGGCAUCAUGCCAACGACUGAUGCGAACGGCCUGCGGAAGGUCAUGGACCAGCACUGGACCCCGUUGCAAGAAGAGACGCGAAGUACGCAUCAGAAAGUGCCGCGGUCAUCUGCAGCCAUUGUCGCCAGCUAUCGAACGCAAUCGUGA